CUCCCAUAACUUUUACCGGCCUGUCCACCUCAGUUACUUUUUAGUCUUCUCUUCAAAUCGCUGUGCAAGUGGCUGCCUUCUUCUGCAAUAGCUCCAACAGAAUAACUGAUCAAGAUGUUUGAAGAGGAAGAGGUGACUUAUGAGGAAGAGGAGGAAGAAGAGUAUGUGGAAGAAGAGGCAGAAGAGGAGGAGAAGGAAGAAGUGGUGAAGCCUGAACCACCAAAGCCUGCACCACCUGUAGCUGCUCCACCACUUAUACGAAGACGGUCAUCUGCCAACUACCGCUCCUAUGCCACUGAGCCACAGAUUAAGAGAAAACCCAAAAUUACAGCAUCUCGUAAACUGCAGCUGAAGAGUCUGAUGCUGCAAAUUGCUAAGAGUGAUCUGGAGCGUGAGGAAGAAGAAAGAGCACGUGAGAAGGAAAGGUAUCUGUCCGAGACCUGCCCACCGCUGCAACUGUCCGGCAUGUCCUUUUCCGAACUGCAGGACCUGUGCAAAGAAUUCCAUGCAAAAAUUGAUGUAGUGGAUGAAGAACGAUAUGACUUGGAGGUCAAAGUGAACAAGAACAUCACUGAGAUUGAAGACCUAAAUCAAAAGAUUUUUGACCUUCGAGGGAAAUUUAAACGUCCACCUCUCCGGAGAGUACGCCUGUCUGCAGAUGCCAUGAUGCGGGCGCUAUUGGGCACUAAACAUAAAGUUUCUAUGGAUCUCAGGGCUAAUCUGAAACAGGUCAAACAAGCCAAAAAAGAUGACGCAGAUAAGGAUAUACGCGAAGUAGGUGACUGGAGGAAAAAUGUUGAUGCUCUCAGUGGAAUGGAAGGGAGAAAGAAGAAAUUUGAGACAACUGGAGCUGUACUAGCAUAAGAAAGAACCACAACUGUUGUUACCUUUAACCUGGAGUACAUGAAGUUGUAUGAGGAUCCUAUGUGGCUUAAAUCCAUUUAUUAUCUCCGACUCCGUAUCUUAGCACCUUGCCAGCAUUUGUCAUAGUGAAUGCUACAGAGUAUAAUUGAUUUUGUAAAUGUGUUUUGUUAUCCACUGUUAUAAACUUAUAGUCAUGAAUAAAUAUUUUUGACUCCUGGAAUCACAAA